AAACUCGCUAUUUUCAUAGGUGUUGCAUUUGUAAACCAAACCCUAGAGACCACUGAUCGCUACUGUAUUCAUCAUCUUCUCAUCAUCGUCAAGCAAUCAUGGGUUCAGAUGCAGAUAUGGAGGAUUAUGGAUUUGAGUACUCUGAGGAGGAACCUGAAGAGCAAGACGUGGACAUUGAAAAUCAAUAUUACAAUUCUAAAGGUUUGGUGGAGACUGAUCCAGAGGGUGCACUUACUGGUUUUGCUGAAGUAGUUCAGAUGGAACCUGAGAAAGCAGAAUGGGGAUUCAAAGCACUAAAACAGACUGUGAAACUUUAUUACCGUUUAGGGAGGUACAAGGAGAUGACAGAUGCAUAUAGGGAAAUGUUAACCUACAUUAAAUCUGCAGUAACUCGAAAUUACAGUGAAAAAUGUAUAAACAAUAUCAUGGAUUUUGUCUCUGGGUCUGCUAGUCAAAACUUUGGUCUUUUACAAGAGUUCUAUCAAACCACUUUGAAAGCACUUGAAGAAGCUAAGAAUGAGAGAUUAUGGUUCAAGACAAAUCUUAAGCUUUGCAAGAUCUGGUUUGACAUGGGUGAAUAUGGUAGAAUGAAUAAGAUUUUGAAGGAGCUUCAUAAAUCUUGUCAAAGGGCAGAUGGGACUGAUGAUCAAAAGAAAGGAACUCAGUUACUGGAAGUGUAUGCCAUUGAGAUUCAAAUGUACACAGAGACUAAGAACAACAAAAAACUCAAGCAAUUGUACCAAAAAGCCCUUACUAUCAAAUCUGCAAUCCCACAUCCAAGAAUCAUGGGAAUAAUACACGAAUGUGGUGGCAAAAUGCAUAUGGCAGAACGCCAAUGGGCAGAAGCAGCUACUGACUUUUUUGAAGCUUUUAAAAACUAUGAUGAAGCCGGGAAUCAAAGAAGAAUCCAGUGUCUGAAAUACUUGGUGCUAGCAAACAUGCUUAUGCAAUCUGAGGUCAACCCAUUUGAUGGUCAAGAAGCGAAACCAUACAAAAACGAUCCAGAAAUCUUGGCUAUGACAAACUUAAUUGCAGCAUAUCAACGUAAUGAAAUAUUAGAAUUUGAGAAAAUCCUCAAGAGCAACAGAAGAACAAUCAUGGAUGAUCCUUUUAUCAGAAAUUACAUUGAAGAUCUUCUGAAAAACAUUAGAACCCAAGUGUUACUCAAGCUAAUUAAGCCAUACACCAGGAUCAGGAUCCCCUUCAUAUCCAAGGAGCUGAAUGUGCCAGAAGCUGAUGUGGAACAGCUUUUAGUGUCGCUGAUAUUGGACAACAAAGUGCAGGGUCACAUUGAUCAAGUUAACAGGCUGUUGGAGCGUGGUGACAGGUCAAAGGGAAUGAAGAAAUACACUGCUGUGGAGAAAUGGAAUACGCAGCUUAGGUCACUUUAUCAAAGUGUUGGGAAUAGAGUUGGUUGAGAAUGAGGUUUGAAAAAAAAAUAUAUAUUGACUUGUGAUGAGAUUUUGUUUGUUUCCAUCGCGGCAUAUUUUGUCCAUCAUGUCAAAUUGGUAAAGUUUGUAUCUAAAGGAAAACUCAAGUCGAGGAUUAAUGUGUUUUGAUUAUUGAUUGCAUUUGUGCGUUUGGUAUUUGGGCGACA